UUCACCCCACUCACCAUGCUCUCUCUCAACGCUCCCACCUCCCUUUCUCUCUCCCACCACCACCUCCUCCUCCACCGCCGCCACCACCACCACCGCCUAAAAACCCAUGUAAAACCAAUCUCAGCUACCAUCAUCCCCUCCUCCUCAACCCCACCACACUCUCAGCGGCCAGAACUUUACCAACCCUUCAGGCCACCCUCACCCAACGGCCCGAUACCCUCCCACUUCCGCUCUCUCGAUACCGGUAGCCGCCUUGAAGUCCUCUCCAACCGCCUCGGCCUCUGGUUCGAGUACGCCCCACUCGUCUCCACUCUCAUGCAAGAAGGUUUCACCCCCUCUUCCCUGGAAGAGGCCACCGGCAUUUCGGGGGUUGAGCAGAACCGCCUCGUUGUUGCCGCCCAGGUCCGCCACUCCCUCCUUGAAUCCAGCCUCGACCCACAAAUCCUCUCCUUCUUCGACAACGGCGGCGACUCCUUGCUCUAUGAAAUUCGCCUCCUCAGUGCCAGGGAGAGACUGGCCGCCGCUCGCUACGUCGUGGAGAACCGUGUCGAUCCCCGUGGCGCUCAGGAGCUUGCCCGGGCGAUCAAGGACUUCCCCCGGAGGCGUGGAGAUAGAGGGUGGGAGUGCUUUGAUUAUAAUGUUCCUGGGGACUGUCUCGCGUUUAUGUACUACAGGCAGAGCAGAGAGCAUAGGAAUUCAUUGGACAAGAGAAGGGCAACAUUGGAAAAGGCUUUGGAGGUGGCUGAGACAGAGAAGGCUAAGAGGGUGCUUUUAGAGGAACUGGAAAGGAACGACGACGCAGAUGAUGGAAAAUCAGAAAUUGAAGAUGCGGUUCGGGUUCCGGUGGUGAGGAUGAAAACUGGAGAGGUAGCAGAGGCGACGACAGUAGCGGUAUUACCGGUGUGCGAAGCCCAGGAGGGGGUGGAUGUGGUGUUAGGAGCGCCAUUAGAGUGUCGGAGCCAAGGAGAAUUUGGAGUGGUGGUGGCCGAGAAGGGGUGGAAGAGGUGGGUGGUGUUGCCGGGAUGGGAACCGGUGGCGGGUCUGAGAGCGGGUGUGGUGGUAGCGUUCGGGGAUGCAAGGGCGCUGCCAUGGAGAGUGAAUAGGUGGUACAAAGAAGAGGCGAUACUGGUGGUGGCUAAUAGGGGGGCAAAGGAGGUGGUGGCUGAUGCCGGAUUUUAUUUGGUGGCGGUUUCCAGUGAUAAUGGGAGUGGAGGUGGGGAAUUGAAGGUGGAGAGAGGAUCGGCAUUGAAGGAAAGAGGUGUGAACGAGAGUUUAGGGACAGUGGUGUUGGUGGUUAGGCCACCAAGAGAGGAAACUGAUCAUGAGUUGAGAGAUGAAGAUUGGGAAUGAAAGAUCCAAAGGCUGGGCAAUGUGGAUGUUAGUGUGAUUCAGCCAUGGGGAUUUAUACAGGCCCAUACCUGUAAUUGUAAUAAUGGUGAAAAUUUUGAAAUUCAAGCACAGGGGCUUCAAUUCAAUGCCCUGUGGAAGAGUGCAUCUGUUUUGGUUGCGGAAACAUGGCUAGCUGUUGAUUAAGUAUAGGUUUUGUUGUAAUGAGGCUUCAGCCUGUUUAAUUUUUUUUUUCCUAUAAUGUGAUUUACAUUUAUUAUGAUCUUAAGGUUCAUGGCAUGCCUUGGCAUUCUGAG